CUCUGUAUUACCAGUCACUCCCGCUCUGAAAAGAUAAGAUUUUUGUCAAAAAAAAAUGACAGUCUUCUGCUCCCACACCUUCUUCAGAAAUCCCCUUCAACUCCACUGACACUCAGCUUUGGUUCAAUCACUUCUGAGAGACAUCCAGAGGAGAAAUGCCUCAAACCCUUUUCUUAAGGCCCUUUAUUUCAUCAGCUCCUUUGGAUAAUUGGAGUAAAUUGAAAGAAUGCACAAGUUCUAUAGGUUCCAAUCUCAAGGUGCGUGGAAGAGUGGGGAUAGUUUGUAUGGGCAUGCUGGCACCAAGAAAGUUCUUGCAGAAAAGGAAGAAGGUAGAAGUUUUCAAAGAUGCUGCUGAUGAAGCCGAGCAGAAGAACUGGAGGAGACUUAUGAAUGAAAUUGAGGAGACAGGUUCUGCAGUGUCUGUGCUCAAAAGUGAAAAGCUGAAGGACAAGACUAUUCCCAAGGAUGUUGUCCUUGGAACUUUGGUUAGAUUUAAGCAACUGAAAAAAUGGAACCUAGUCAGCCAGAUUCUCGAAUGGCUCCAAACUCAGAACUGGUGGGACUUCAGCAAAAUGGAUUUCCUGAUGCUUAUAACAGCUUAUGGAAAGCAAGGGCACUACACGAGGGCUGAGAAGCUUUUAAGUUUGAUGAAUCAGAAAGGCCAUCCACCAAGUGUAAUAUCUCAUACUGCUCUUAUGGAAGCAUAUGGAAUAGGAGGCCGAUAUAACAAUGCUGAAGCAAUAUUUAGAAGGAUGCAGUCUUCUGGCCCUGAACCAUCUGCUGUGACAUAUCAAAUAAUACUAAAGAUAUUUGUUGAGGGAUGUAAGUUCAAGGAAGCUGAAGAAAUAUUUGAGACUCUUCUAAAUGAGGAAAAAUCACCUUUAAAUCCAGACCAAAAGAUGUUCCACAUGAUGAUUUAUAUGUAUAAGAAGGCUGGGAGCUAUGAUAAAGCUCGGAAGAUGUUCGCAAUGAUGUCUGAGAGAGGGGUUCCACAAUCGACGGUUACUUAUAAUAGCUUGAUGUCAUUUGAAAAUAAUUACAAGGAAGUCUCCAAGAUGUAUAACCAGAUGCAAAGAGCUGGUCUCCGACCUGACGUAGUGAGUUAUGCCUUACUCAUUAGUGCUUAUGGGAAAGCUAGAAGAGAGGAAGAAGCCUUAGCUGUUUUUGAGGAGAUGCUUGAUGCUGGUGUCAGACCAACCCGCAAAGCUUAUAACAUUUUGCUUGACGCAUUUGCAGUAUCAGGAAUGGUGGACCAAGCUCGAACAGUUUUUAAAAGCAUGAGAAGGGACAGGUUUAAUCCUGAUCUGUGCUCUUAUACAACUAUGCUGUCAGCAUAUGUAAAUGCAUCUGACAUGGAGGGUGCCGAGAAAUUCUUCAUAAGAAUAAAACAAGAUGCAUUUAAACCCAAUGUCGUCACUUAUGGGACAUUAAUCAAAGGGUAUGCUAAGACAAGUAAUAUCGAGAAGAUGAUGGAGAAAUAUGAGGAAAUGCAGGCAUCUGGUAUCAAACCAAAUCAAACAAUCUUGACAACAAUCAUGGAUGCAUAUGGAAAAAACAGAGAUUUUGGCAGUGCUGUUGUUUGGUACCAGGAAAUGGAAUCCUGUAGGCUUCCGCCUGAUCAGAAAGCAAAGAAUAUCCUUUUGUCUUUGGCGAAAACAGCAGAGGAACAGAAGGUGGCUAACCAGCUUGUAGGAAAUUUGGAUCAGAGUAUCAAUGAACAAGGAUCUAGUAAGUAUCUGGUGCCUACCGAUGAGAAUGAUAGUGAGGAUGAGGAUGAAAAGUAUGAUGAUGAAUUAGAUGGUCCUUCACUGGUCACUUCAUCAAAUGCGGAGCAAAAACAUGAACUGGUUUAUCUCAAUGGGGUUAACGAGAAAAACCUUGAGGGUUUACUUGCAGUUGCAGAUUUGUAAAGUUGGGAUACUCUAAUUUGUGAUAUAGUCACGUUACUCAGGCUUGGUUAUUAAGUCGAGAAUAUAAGUUAAGUAAUACUACGUGGGAGCGAUAUCAUUUCAGACCAGCUUAAAUGAGUACAUUUUGCUGCCUGUGAACUAUACUGGCUCUGUUUUCCGGCCACCCUUGAUCUUGUUGCUCUUUGAGAUGGACGGAGAACAAAAUGGAACCGUUCGAUUUUGUAGCAGCCUAAUUAAUGUCUACAACCACAAGCACAAUUUUGUGAUCCAAGUAUUGCAGCUUCUACUCAAAA